UAUUGGCCUCCUCUUCCCCCUUGCCUCAAUAAUUCACCAAGUUUUAUUCUCUUUCUGUCAAUCUCAUCCACAUUAUUCCUCAAAACAACAAAAAAAAUAAGAAAAAGGCCAAAACAAAAAGAAAAUUUAUUUCUCUCCAAAAAUCACGCUCCUUGCGGCACCAAUUCUGUCAAGAGUUUGAGAGAGUUCAUCGUGAAUGGGCUUUUGUUUCAAAAACUUUGCUUCUUUCCUUCUUCUUCAAUGGCACCAAACCUUUGCUUUCUUCUGAUACUUUAUAGAUUACCUAUCAACGGCAUUAACCUCCUCCUUAUUCUCCUCCAUUCCCUCUUAUAGCUCUUCCUCCUCACCGGUUUUCCCGGUUUCAAGAAUACUUUUUCAUUUUGAAGGUGAAUAAGGAAAAAAAAAAUAGAUCUUUGAUUUUAAAAAAAGUACCCUUUUGGCGAUUUUUAUACAAAUUUUAUCGAAAAUCCAAUAUCUUCUUUUUAGUUUUUUUCUUGUUGUAGUUUUUCUGUUUGGUUGGCUAGAGAAAGGGGGAAAUUGAAGGAAAAUAUUCAACUUUGGAUUGAAUAAACCAAAUCCCAUUUCAGUUUUCUCGGCAAACAAACAGAAAAUUUCAGGAAUGGCAUCGGUGUUUUUGUACCAUGUGGUGGGAGAUCUGACGGUGGGGAAGCCUGAGUUGGUUGAAUUCUCUGAAACAGAGGUGGUGGAAUCUGCUAUAAGAGCAAUAGGAGAGUCAACAGAGUGUGGGAUACCAGUUUGGAAGAGAAGAUCUCAUGUGGGAAUGAUUGAAAACAAUGAAAUGAGACAACAGAGAUUUGUUGGUAUUUUAACUUCACUUGAUAUUGUCUCCUUUUUAGCUAAAACUCAGUGUUUGGAAGAUCAGGACAAAGCUAUGAAAACACAAGUUUCUGAUGUUGUUGACCGUAAUAAUGCUCUCUUGAAGAUUGUUGAUCCUGGCACCAGAUUGAUAGAUGCACUCGAGAUGAUGAAGCAGGGUGUGAGGCGACUUCUUGUUCCAAAGAGCAAGGUAUGGAAAGGCAUGAGCAAGAGAUUCUCAAUUCUUUAUAAUGGGAAGUGGCUCAAGAACAUUGAAAAUGGUAGCAGCAACAACCUCAUUGCUAAUGCCAAUGGCCCUUCUUCGUCCUCCUCCACCUAUAUGCGUGACAAGUUUUGCUGUCUCUCAAGAGAAGACAUCAUCCGCUUCCUCAUUGGUUGCCUUGGUGCUCUAGCUCCACUACCCCUCUCCUCUAUUUCCUCGCUUGGAGCCAUAAACCUAAACUAUAGCUCUAUUGAAGCCUCCCUCCCUGCUUUAGAAGCAACUCAAAAACAUCCUGGUGAUCUCAGAGCAGUUGCCGUUGUGGAGAGCACACCAGAUGAUCACCAUAAAAUUUUAGGAGAAAUCUCAGCUUCCAAACUAUGGAAAUGUGACUAUUUAGCUGCAGCUUGGGCUUUAGCCAACCUCUCAGCUGGACAAUUUGUUAUGGGGGUUGAGGAUAAUGUGAGUUCAAGAUUGCUCCCGGACUUCUCUGUUGAUUCACCAGUUCAAGAUAAUAAAAUAGUGAAUGGUGCCUGGUCGACAAGGCCAAGGAAAUUCAGUAGUAGAAGCAUUGGAUUUAAUCCAGUGAGCCCAACUUUCAGUUUUGGCGGGAGCAUGUAUAGGGGCAGAAGUGCACCCUUGACAUGUAAAACUACUAGUUCUUUGGCCGCAGUUAUGGCUCAAAUGCUAUCUCAUAGGGCAACCCAUGUCUGGGUGACUGAGGAUGAAAAUGAUGAUGUUUUGGUUGGGGUGGUUGGUUAUGCUGACAUUUUGGUUGCAGUGACCAAGCAACCUGCUGCAGUGAUUUCCUCAACUCGAUCAAUCACGGAGCUUGGCUCAGAAAUUCAAUGUUGAAUUUCCCUUUUCCCCCCGUUUUACCAUUGUGUAUGUCUCUGCUUGUGUCUUUCCUUUAUUUUGGUUCUAAUGUUGUACUUUAGCAGCAUUUUAGCCCUCUUAUGCAGCAUACUCUUAUGAGGUUGCUGAGAGAUUGGGGCUUGGAAUGGGGUUUAUAAAAAUUGAUCAAUGUUUUGUAUAAUUUUGGAGUGUCUUUUACAUUCAAAGAUAUCAAAAGAGUGGAUUAUAGUUGCUGUCCAUCCUCAUGUAUGCUAGGACAGCAAAGUUAUUGUAGUUGUAUUAAACCUAGACAAUGUUUUUGAGGUUUUUUGGGAUAUAAUCAUCUUUGCAAUUGAAACGUGUUGAGUGUACUUAAGGCUCGGCUUUACUGUGCUUCCCACCUGAAUGUAUUACAAUCCCAUUCCUUUUCUUUCUGCAAAAUGGGUUGGGGACGAGUCUAUGGUAAUUAU